UUCACUCACACACACAGCAGCCCGAGCAGUAGACUUCAGGUUUACACCCCUUUCCGACUCAGCGCAUUUCCGAAUCGUUCUUGCACCACCGCAGCGCGUAGGUAAAAACAUGAUAAAGAAAAUGGCACCUACGGAAAAUGAGUUUGACAUACCGACCAAGAACUGCUACCGGAUGGUGAUUCUGGGUUCUACCAAAGUAGGCAAGUCAGCGAUCGUGUCCCGAUUUCUAUACGGCAAAUUCGACGAAGAGUACACGCCAACGAUCGAGGACUUUCACAGGAAACUGUAUAGCAUCAAGGGAGAUGUUUAUCAACUGGACAUUUUGGAUACAUCUGGAAAUCACCCGUUUCCAGCUAUGCGGAGAUUAUCAAUACUUACAGGUGAUGUCUUUAUCUUGGUGUUCAGCCUGGACAACCGGGAGUCCUUCCAGGAGGUACAGCGGCUUAAACGGCAGAUCUUCGAAACCAAGUCCUUACUGAAGAACAAGACCAAAGAGAACGUGGACGUGCCGCUGGUCAUCUGUGGGAACAAGGUCGACCGAGAGGUGUACCGCGAGGUGCAGAGAGAGGAAAUUGAACAACUUGUGGCGGGAGACGACCAGUGUGCCUACUUCGAGAUCUCCGCAAAAAAAAACAGUAACGUGGACCAGAUGUUUCAGCAGCUCUUCAAGCUGGCCAAGCUCCCGCACGAGAUGAGCCCGGACCUGCACCGAAAGGUCUCCGUGCAGUACUGCGACAUGUUGCACAGAAAGUCUUUCAAAAAUAAGAAGCUGAAGGAUGGUGGCGCGUACGGCAUCGUGGCUCCGUUUGCACGGAGACCGAGCGUGCACAGUGACUUGAUGUACAUUAAAGAGAAGGCGGUGGGCGGUGGACAUGCCAAAGAUAAGGAGCGGUGCUCCAUCAGCUAAGCCCCAAAAUAGUGUUUCUGAUGAGAUGGUGAAAUUACUUAAUAUGGCAGCACACUGUCAAAGACUAGUACAGUUCUGCAGCCUUGACGGAGUUCCAGAGGGUUUUCCACGAUGUGCCCAAAGGCCUGUCUGAACUCUGAGGCAACGGCACGGGCACAGGAUCCCGCCACAAUUGGCGACCUGCAAGCCUCUGUUCUGUCCGCGAGGGCUUGAAAACAGAAUGUUUAUUUUGUUCCGUUGAGCCAGAGAGCUAUGUGAUGUGGCGUUAAACCUCGUGAGACUACGAGAAACGCCUAGAAUGUUCUUGUCUUAACACCUGCCUUCAUCCGGCUGUGAGAGGAGACUCCGUGGGUCGGAGUAAGCUACAUUGUUAAAAAUGGAAACCAGUUGUUUACAUUUUUGUUAUAUUUUGCAACAGAUGACUGACACUUGAAUGUUUGCUCUCUGAACAAAAAAAAGAUAUAUGUGAAUGUAUAUUUAUUCUUAUGUCAACGUUGACUUUUGCAGAGAAACAAGAAUACAAUAAAAAAGACAAAUGACUGAUA